AUGCCGGCGUCAGCAGCCGACGAGUUCGAGCCGCCCACUGAGCUCGAGGUCCAGGUCCUGGGACACCUGCUCGGCAAUCUCUCGAGCGCGGCGCUCCUCCUCCUCGGCUGGCUGACCUUCCAGCUCUGGCGCGACUACAUCUCGACCAUCCUCGCCGCGUUCAUCGUGUCGCAGGCGAUGCGGCGCAUGCGCGAGCGGAUGGUCUCCGAUGUCCGCUCCCUGCGGGCGCCCUCGGAAGCGCCGCUCCUCCGUCGCGUCGGCGGCGCGAGCUUGCGGCACGCGUGGGCGUGCCCUCCGCUGCUGCUGCUCGCCGUGGUGGUGCCGCUGCUGCUGCUCGCGGACUACACCUCCUGGGGAUGGGUCGGCACCGCGUGCGCCAGCGCCGUGGCGGUGGUGGUGGCGCUCCUCUCGGACGAGAGCCUGGUCACGCUCGCGCUCGUCGGCCUGGUCUCGCUCGUCGCGUGCGUGAGCCUCGUGCUGCUGCUCCACUCUCUGGCGCGGGUGGCGUCGGACGACGACGUGGCUGCGGCCGUCGAGCAGGCGGCUUGCGCUACGGGCCGCCUGCGGGUCGGGGAGGGUCGGGGGUCGGGGUGGGUCCUCUCGAGCGGGCGGUCGGUCGUCUACUCCGGCAUCGCAACGCUCUCCGAGGAGCGGGCCUCCGCGCUGCCGGCGGACCCGCGCUGGUCCGGCGAGGGGGCCGUCCGCCGCCAGCCAACUUGCGCGAGCCGCGUGCUGCAGCUGCUCGAGUCGGGCCGUAACACCACCGAGGUGCUGGGCGCGGUGUCUGCGGCGCUCUUCUUCACCAUCUCGGACCUCUACGCCGAGCGGCGGCUGCAGCAGCAGGCCGACGCCUCGCACGGCCGCCCGCUCCGUCGCCCCUCCCGCGCACCCGCCCUCCCGCGCACCCGCCCUCCCGCGCACCCGCCCUCCCCUCUCCAGGCCGGCGUCUCGCAGUACGUCAACGGCUUCUCGCUCGUGCUCGGCGUGUACAUGUUUGGCCUGCAGGGCCUCCUCUUCGGGCCGCUGCUCGUCUGCGGCGCGAAGCGCAUGUACGAGUACACCGGCCACAUCAUACAGCAGGCGGAGCUCGGGGAGGCCUCGCGGCCGGCCGGAGGCAGCGACAGCGACAGCGACGACGAUGCAGAGUGCGCCGCGGCGGCCGCCGCGAGCGCCGUACCCGUUCGAGCGCGCCUCUCGGGCUCUCGGGGCGGCAGCCCCCGCAUCGAGCGGCGCGGCUCAGGCGCGGUGUCGCCAGUCCCGACCAGGGCCCCGACCAGGACGGCGGCGGCAAAGGACGCCGCGGACGCGGCGGCGGCAGCGGCGGCGGCGGCGGCGGCGAGACAGGCGAGCCAGGUGUGCGCGGAGGCUGCGGUGCGGCAGAGCGAGCCUCCAGGGCUGGAGAGCCGCGGCUCCAUCGAGGUGCUCUCCCGCGAGGCGCUCAAGACGAUGCGCCGCUUCUCCUUCUUCUCGCCGCCCUCGCGCCUCGGCGGCGCGCGCCGCGCCCCGGGCGCCGCGCCGCGCCCCGACGUCGCCGAUGCCGGAGCCGCUUCGGCGCGUCUCUUCGACGUGUGCGUGCGCUGCGACGGCUCGCACGGCCAGUGCAUCCGCCUCUCGGUGUGCCCCGAGACCGAGUGGGACGACCUGCUCUCUUGCGUGACGGACCGGCUCCGCCGGCUCGGCUUCACCGCGCCGGCGCAGGCGGCGGUCGCCCUCCGCGCCGCGGGGGGGCUGCUCGUGGCGAGCGCGAGCGACUUGCGGCCUAACGAGGUCCUCGACGCGGAGAUCCGCGACGGGGCGACGCCGCGUAGGACAUCGCUAGACUUCCGCCUCGCUGCCGACAGCAGCAAUGGCAGCGCGGCGGAGGCGAUGGCCGCUGCCGUGGCAAGUGCGCCCGUCACGGCGUCACCAUCAGGCAGGGGCACGCCCGACACACCGAGCGCUUCCCCUGCGUUCGGAACGCGGCCGACGCAGUUGACUCUUUAA